AGUUCAUUAAUACGUAGAGGAAGGGGAGGAGGUGGACAGCUCUUCUUCUACGAUGUGCUGAGAGCUGCUGUUUCAUUUCACCACCGUCUCCGAGCAGCUCGGUCCUCUCUUUCUCUUUAGCUUUAAGUGUUCUCUCGCUUUUUGACGACAAGUGCCAACGUUUUUGAUUCUUUUCCCGUACCCCCAGCCUCAACGCGAAGAUCAGUCCACAGGGCGGUUAAAGAGAGAAGUUUAAACCCCAGCAGCUGCUCACGAGACGGUGGAUCGAGGCUUCACGGUCCAGCACAUCACUUGUCUUUAGUUGAAUUUGUGUAUAGUUUUUUGGGACGUUACCAUCGACUUCAGUGAAGUUUUUUUUUUUGUAUCCACUCCGAGAGGACAGCCCAUCCGACUCCCGGCAUCAUGACUCGGAGAUCCUGUGCCAUUUACGCCACCGGUAUCGUGUGUGCUCACCUCCUGAUAGUCGGGAUCGCCCUGGUCGUGGCUCAAGUCUUCCAAACAAUGAUCCACAGCCGGUUAAAAAAGGAAAUUACUUUGACAGAGAAGAGCCAAGUGUUUGAAUCAUGGAAGAAUCCACCGCCACCUGUUUAUAUGGAGUAUUACUUCUUCAAUGUGACCAAUCCAGAGGUGUUCUUGGCAGGCGGGAAGGCAGCUGUUAAACAAAUCGGGCCUUACACUUACAGGGAAUACAGGCCGCGGGAAAACGUAACUUUCCUGGAGAACGGCACCAAGCUUUACGCCCUGAACCCCAAAACCUUUGUAUUUGUGUCCGAGAAGUCAGCUGGUUACCCCGAGGUCGACAUCAUCACGACUGUCAACAUCCCGUUUGUGGCGAUCAUGAAUGAGCUGAACUCCUACUCCUUCGUCCUGCGGACUUUGGUUUCCAUGUACAUUAACAGCCUGGGCGUCGAGGUGUUCUUGACCCGCACUGUCCACGAGGUUCUGUGGGGCUUCAAAGACCCUCUUCUCUCAAAGGUCCACUCCAUAAAGCCCGAUGUGGACGAAUAUUUUGGACUAAUGUGGAAGAAAAAUGGAACCCAUGAAGGCGAAUUUGUGUUCCACACCGGCGAGGAGAACUACUUGGAUUAUGGCAAGAUCGACACAUGGAACGGCCUUAGGAAGAUGUCGUGGUGGUCUUCCAAUCAGAGCAACAUGAUCAACGGUACGGACGGUGCGGUCUUCCACCCUCUGAUAAACAGGAACGAGCUGCUCUACAUCUUUGCUGCUGAUCUCUGCAGAUCUAUCCAUCUAGCCUACGUGGAAGACGUAGAGGUGAAAGGCAUCCAGGCAUACCGCUUCGCUCCCCCUAACGACGUUCUCAUGAACCCCAAAGACAACCCCACUAACGCGGGCUUCUGUGUGCCAGCUGGAGACUGUCUCGGCACCGGGGUGCUUAAAGUCAGCGUUUGUCGAGAAGGUGCUCCCAUCGUGGUGUCUUUCCCCCACUUUUAUCAAGCGGACCCCAUGUACAUCAACGCCGUUGACGGGCUCAACCCCAACAAGGAGGAACACGAGACGUACCUCGACCUGCAACCGACCACGGGGGUUCCCAUUCGUGCCUGCAAGAGAGCUCAGCUCAAUAUCAUCCUGAAAAGAAUUCAAGGCUUCCCCAAAACCAAGUUCAUCAACGAGACCAUUUUCCCCAUCAUGUUCGUCAAUGAGACGGCAACUAUCGACGAUGAUUCUGCAUCCCAAAUGAGGACGUUGCUCCUAAUUGUGACUCUCGUGUCAAACUUCCCUGUGCUCAUCGUGGGCAUGGGCAUCAUCCUGCUGCUUGUGCUCGUCGUCCUGUUCUGCCGAAACCGCCAGAAGAAGAAUGAAGUAAAACGUAUUGAUUUUACUGAAGCUUUUCAUUCUUUUACUACGGUGAAGGACGAUACGGCCUACACUCAGGUCAGCGACAAACCCGACGAGCCGUCAGAAACGCCAGCCAACCAGCCGAUGAGGAACGGCUCCUACAUUGCCAUGUCUCCAGUGGAGGCCCAGAAGUGUUGAUGGAGGAUCCCCUCCCCAUGCGUGGAGCUCAGGAAGGGGGCUGAGGGAGCAGCACAGGGGUGUUACAUUACCACGGGUGGGGGUUAGCAUACACAGUAGGCUCAUUUUGCUUAUUUUAGGGGGGGUGGGGAGGAUAUAGAAAGGCGUGGACCACAAUCCCCAGUUCAUGUUUGGUCAACAAAGACAUUGCUCCUCUCACUGAGCCCUCUUAUGACUGUCUUUCCUCCUCUACUCUACCUGCUGAGCAUGGCCCUCACUGCCUGUCGUACUGCAACACAACAAAACUCACACACUCUUAUUCCUCGUUUCCGUCCUGGUUGGCCUUUUUAAAGAUGAAGGGACUCUGGGUAGGCUCGGCCAGGACAAGCCUUUUUUCCGUAAUUUGUCUGAGGGAACGCGGUAGCAUAGGUGUCGCUGUCGCACGCAGAUGCGUGAUCUUCCGAGCGGACUCUGCCAACUGAUGCUGCUCAAAGAGGGUUUUAGUAUUCAGCUGAACAACAGUGGGUGUUGUUACCGUCUUAUUCUUCCUCUUUUCCUCUCCAUUAGAGGAGAAAAUGUUGAGGCAAACUGAUAAAUAAUGAAAAAAAGCCCCUGUAAACUCAAUCCUUAGGACAAAACUCUAAGCUCCUGCGCUCAGAGGAUAAAAUGGUUUUGCUACUAAAAACUGAACUUAGCAUAUCCUGUUUUGUAGUUUAAAAAAAAAAAAAAACUGAGCCAAGCUAUUUAUAGCAUUUUUGCCUUUUUCUCCUAAGAUGAAUUGGUGCACAUGCCACACUUCCGAUAUCCGUCAGUAAAAGUGUGUGUGCACCUUAUAUUACACUUUAGUGUCCUGUUUUGAUGGGACAAUUGGCAACCAUUUUUCUUGAUGCGGGCACAGUGUUGUGACAUCUGGAAUGCUUGUGAUUUUGAUCCCUACCCCCCCCCACUCUCCAGAAACACUAGUUAAAAAAUAGUCAGCUACAUUUCCAAGUCAUCUUUAGUGAAGGGGAUGACUGGUUAGCUAUGAAACUAUUAGGGUAGCCACCAGUAGCUUGAUUAGGUUGCACCUUUUUUAGGCUUCAUCACAAUUUAAAACAAAUAGGGGAAGAAAAAAAAACACCCACAGAACUUACAAGGGAGACUUGAACCUGCUUUCUGCCUUAUAAUGGUUCAGUGUGUUCUGUAUGUUUCUACAUUGUUCAGAUAAGCUGGAAAUCUCUUCUGUUAUUGUACAUAUGUAAAAGGGGGAAAUGUUGAGAUACCUCUGACCAAAUCUAGCAAGCAGUCCUUCUAGGUGUGCUGUAAGACACUAAUUUUGCUCUGGUGUCGACCGCUCCUGCACGUCUACACUGUUACUUACUUAUUAGAGAAAGCACAAUUUGGAUUGCUAAAACCAGUCCUUACACAAGGCUACCAGUUGUUGUUUUUUUUUUUUUUGUCCUAUUAUGAUAUAGAUUUACAGCUGAUCUGUCAAAGACACUGUCAGGUGGCGUAGCUAUAAACAAAAACAAAAGUGGAAUCAUUGGGGGUUUUGAGGGGGCUCUGUGCACCACUUGCCGCUGUGCAGUCAUUCAGUUUGCCAAGGAGCUGUAGGCAUUCAGGCAAAACGCAGCACACAGCACUUGAAUCACUGUUUGUCUUAUGUUUCAUUUGUUUUCAUUUUUCUGUCCACCACACUUGUCACGUCAAACCCAGUGCUAGUCGCUAACGGGAAGUGAAUUUAAGGCCAUAAUAACUGUCAACGUGGAAAAUUCCCUGCACUUUGCCUGGAAAUUGUGCCCUGUGUAUUUUCAUAUUGUUUUUGUCCUGUUCAUUUCACUGAAGGUGGUCCAUAUGUUCAAUGCAUUUCAAUGGUUUGUUCUAACUAGUAUUGGUUAUGAAGGAUGUUGUAAAUGAACAACACACAUCCAUGCCUCUGUGUUACUUACUUUUCAGCACAUGGAGUGUCUUCUUUUGAUAUACUUUUUGUAUUUGGUAUUGCUGCUAAAAACAAAAACAAAUGCCAUAACCUAUGGACUUGUAUUUGUACACACAUGUACAUAACCUGCUCGUAUUCUUUUUCAGGUUGAUCAACGGAAGCUUUUUCUUUUAAGGCUUUCUGUGUUAUCAACCCUUUUGACAUCGGAGCACAAGAUACAAAGCCCAAAGCUUGCUGCCAUUUAUUGGAAUUAGCAGUUACAGUUAUCACUAGCAACCCUUUUGUGAAGUUAUCACACUUAACACACUCAUUCCUCUUAUUAGCAGAAGAUUUUGACCAUAUCACAUGUAUUGUUGGGGAUUAUAAUAGGAGUAGUCAAUUUAACUAUUCGCUGGAGGUGCCCAAAAAGGGCGAGCCAGUUCAUCAAAGAUCGGUGUCAGAAGCCUGAUUCUAAAGAACACUGUGGUGGAGAGGUCGAACGCAUUCCUUUUUAAAGGUUGAACAAAUUCACUAAAGGCCUUUUUUUAAUUCCACCUACAUGCAAGCAACCACAGUCUCGUGCACACUCAGUUCAUCGAUAUCCACCUUUUUAAAAACUUGAACCUGAGAGACCUUAAUCCCGAGAGUUGUGUGUGUGUGUGUUGCUUGUACAACGUCUGUUUAAACACACCUGAGCCAUCACUCCUCCACUGUCUGACUUCCAAUACACCGACCUUUGAGUCUGAAUCAUUUAGCCUAUUGGCUCCUCUCUGCUUGACCAAAGAUAACCCACAUAGAUAACCCAGCGCCGUGUUUACUCUCCUCUGUGAUAACGAUUGUGCCACAAAACCACCGCCUACCUUUUUUUUUUAUUUUUAUUUUUUUAUCGUGCCACCACUUAAGUGAAGUAUUUGCAGCAGUGUUGUGUGAGCGUGAACGCAUGUGUGUAUGUGCCUUUUUUACAUCAAGGCAAGAAAAAAAUAAAUUUCACAAGUUGGUUUGAUGGGUAUUGCUCUUUGUGGGCAGAUCUCAGUAUUAUGUAAGACAAAGCAAUACAGAGUUGUGUAAAAUAAAUUGUUUUGUAAGGGUCCACACAAUAUUUAUGUACCUUGUUUGUUUCCCCUGAAUUUGUGAUUAUUUUUUUGUUAGUUGUGUAGAAGUAGUUCCUUUUUCUGUUCCUUUUUUUUUUUUUUUUUUGUUAAAAUUCAACAUUUCAUUUCUGAUCAUUUCAUUUUCUUUUUCACACUGAAAAUACAAAAAAGUGUAAAAAGAUGGACCAGUAUGUCUCACUGGGAGCUGUAAGAGACCUGUAAAAAUGUCUGUAAGGCUGUUCAUGAAUGGUUUAAGUAAAUUUGUUUGUGGAGCCGAUGGCCAUUUCUGGCAAACUGGAGUGAUUGUUUUUUGUUUGGUUUUUUUAACUGGAAGGCUGAUUAUCUUGAUGACUGAGUAAAGUAUUGAUGCUGUGUAACCUAUCUAGAUGAAUGAAGCCCUCCUUCAGGGAUGAGCACUAGUGCCAUACCAUCCUUUAUUAUUUUCCUUAAUUUUCUCUUUGGUGUAACAACCACAUUGCCCCAUUUCCCCCCCCCAUGUUCAGAAGUCACUAACAGACAUUUCUUCUUAAGACAUACUAAUUUAUUUUGCUGCUGAAAAUGACAAUCCUUGUCAUGUGAGGUGCAAAAUGAGUUCAAUGUAAUAUUCAUUUUUAGUUUUGAUAAUUUACACUGCACAGAUAUUUCUACAGUGCUUUUGUAAACAUUUAUAGUGUAUUUGCAAAAAAAAUAAAAAGUUCAAGUGCAAAGUUCA